UCUGAAGGUUUUUCCCCUCACUUGCCAUCUCCCACCCCUCCAGGGGCAGAAUCAAAGACAGUCCGUCCCUUUCUCGAGCCCCCCGUGGAUCGAGGCGCACGGCUCUUCCUCGCUCGGAAUCCGGCGCAUCUCAACCCCGCGGGGGAGGGACCAGCCGGCUGGGAUCGGCGCAACAGCUGGAGCCCCUAGCUCUCCGCGCGUGGCGCUCUUCUCCGUCUUGCGCAAGCGCCGGCAGCCGGGUCCGGGUCGAGCCCCGAGUGCUGCGGGAGGAUGCUUCGCGCCCGGUAGCUGGGCGCCUUGCGGCACCGCGGGCCAGGGCGCAGGAGGCGCGCCGCCACCGCCAUGCGCCAGGCCUUGACUCAGCCGCGCUCCAGUGCGAUCCCGCUCUCCAACUCGGCCGGGUCUUUCAGUAGAAGGAAGCGAAAUUCCCUCUAUGUCACUGUGAGCCUCCUCAUUGUCUCGCUCCUAAUUCUCACAGUGGGCCUUGCUGCCACAACAAGAACUCAAAACGUGACUGUUGGAGGUUACUACCCGGGGGCUAUUCUGGGUUUUGGAUCAUUUCUUGGAAUUAUUGGAUCCAAUUUAAUAGAAAAUAAAAGGCAAAUGCUGGUCGCUUCAAUUGUGUUCAUCAGUUUUGGCGUCAUUGCCGCCUUCUGCUGCGCGAUUGUGGAUGGCGUGUUUGCUGCCAGGCAUAUAGACCUCAGGCCGCUGUAUGCAGGACGCUGUCACUACUAUUCCAAAAGUACCAUCCAGCCAGCAACCAUCUGCCACCCGCAGCCCCGGAGCUCCUGCAUUCCAAAGAUCAAAACCAACACCUGCUUCUGUUGCGACCUGUACCACUGCGGAAGCAGAAUGGAGAUUUCUGGCGGCUAUUAUGAAUUCAUUGAUGUCAACAGCUGCCAAGAUAUCAUUCACCUCUACCACCUGCUCUGGUCGGCGACAGUAUUGAAUAUCUUGGGUUUGGUUUUAGGGAUCAUCACAGCGGCCGUCUUGGGUGGUUUUAAAGAUAUGGUGCCCGCUCACCCAACUCUUACCUGCACAGUCGAAAACACGCGGCCCGCAGUGUCCUAUUACUCACGACCCCAGGUGACCUCUUACAACACCUAUCACAGCACUCCUCACCUGCCACCGUAUUCAGUGUAUGACUUCCAGCAUUCCAGCAUCUUUCCAACCUCCAGCCCGCCUGGUCUGUCGGAGAACCCGCUCUCGUUGCCGCCCUCGCCCAGCUCGGUCUGGUCCCCAACGGGUGACCCACCUCAUUACGCCCCGCCGUAUUUCCCACCUUUUGAAAAACCGCCGCCUUACUCGCCAUGAAAGCCGGGCAGGGGAGAGGAGCGCUGCCUCUUGGACUAACGGCAAACCUUGUGUACUGGAGGAAGCGAAGUGGCCCUUCCGAGCCCAUGUAGGACCCCAGGGAAAGGGGGCCUUGCAUCACUUGGCAGGGAUAAAAAGUGGGCAUCCUGCCUUGGACCUUUGCUCGUUUCUCGAUGACGUCGGGAGAAAUCGCGGUGGCCCGUUUCGAAAGAAGUCGCUUGCUUUCUUGCUGUACUUGCUUUGGGCGAAUUGCUUGCUAAAGAGAGCAUUUGGCGAUCCGGGAUCUCUCCUAGCCUCAGCCCGGUUCUCCUCGGCUUCAGAAAUUGUCCUCCUUGGUCACGCUGGGUUGAAGGGAAUGGAUGAGGUUGUGAGUUCACAAACUGGCACAGGGUCCAGAAAGGCAUCAAAGAACCCCUGCCGUCAAAGCUCUCCUUUUUAGGUGGGUUGUGACGCACAUAAAAAGGGGGCAGAACUUUGAUGGCCUGGUUGUAGCUGCCAUCUUGAUUUUUUUUUUGACCUGGAAGACGCUGUGAAUUGGGAUCCCUGUGGGCCUCCAGUAGUCUCCUAUAACGCCCAUCAUUUUUCAUCACUAGGGCUGAUGGGAAAUUGAGCCCUAUAGCACAGUGUUUCUCAACCAUGGCAACUUGAAGAUAUGUGGACUUCAA